GUCAGGUGACGAGAGUUGAGAGUCAGAGCUAUCAUGGAGGACGACUGCAAGCCUCUGCUGAACUCAGAGCAGCCUGUAGAGAGCUACUCACACAGAGGCUCCACAGACUCACUGGACUUCAAGGCUAAAAGAUUUUUGUGUGUUGAUCAAACACCUGUGGAGAUGUGAGACGUUCACCAUGGCAGCAUCAAUGACAAUGGGAGUAUGUCUCAGUGCAGACGAAAGAACAAACAUUGUGGAAGUCAAGCUUACUUCACGCUGAGAGCCCAAGCCCACUGUCCUCCACUGCCCAGUAUUUUAUGUGCUGGAACCAGGAUGGAUCAGAUUUUGGGACAUAGAGGAUUGCUCUGUCUGAAUGGGACUAGCCUUACCCACCAGGUGCUGGAUCGAACUGACCUACCAUCUGAAUCCUGUUUUCUGUGUGGAUGGUGCGGAUGAGUCCUGCAGUUCCAAACUUGAUUUUGAUGAACAACAGCCUUUUCACGUAGAGCCAAAAAACAUCGUAGAAGAUGACCCGCAGGAGAGAGUCUCUGCGGAGGCUGCCAUCCUCAACAGCAGAGUCCAUUACUACAGCAGAUUGACAGGCUCAUCUGACAGGCUGCUAAGUCCUCCAAAUCAUGUUAUCCCCUGCCCAGGGGAGAUCUACAUCUACAGCCCACUGGGUACAGCUUUCAAGGUGACAGGCAGUGACCAGUCCUCCAAAAACCCCAGUAUCAUCACCAUUUUUGCCAUAUGGAACACAAUGAUGGGCACAUCCAUACUCAGCAUACCUUGGGGUAUAAAGCAGGCUGGUUUCACUCUGGGGAUCCUCAUCCUCAUCUUCACAGGCCUGCUGAUGCUCUACUGUUGUUACGUUGUCCUCAAAUCACCAAAGGCAAUACCCUAUGUGGAUACAUCCGACUGGGAAUUCCCUGAUGUUUGUAGGUACUACUUCGGCAAGUUUGGCCAGUGGUCCAGCUUGUUCUUCUCGAUGGUGUCACUUAUUGGAGCCAUGGUGGUUUACUGGGUCCUUAUGUCCAAUUUCCUCUUCAACACAGGACAGUUUAUCCACAACUAUGCAUACAAUGUCAACAUGUCAGAUUCGGAGUUUGGAACCAAUGGCUCUGAUAGAGUCAUCUGUCCAUACCCAAACACUGACCCCGGAGGCAACUUCACCAUCAGCACACAUUACCUCGAUAACAGUGGAAAUGAUACUUCUGAUGUCGGCUCUUUUGAACGCUGGUGGAGCAAAACUAACACCAUCCCCUUCUACCUGAUCAUCCUGCUGCUGCCACUGCUCUGCUUUCAUUCAGCCUCCUUCUUCGCAAGGUUCACCUUCCUCGGCACCAUAUCAGUGGUCUACCUGAUUGCACUGGUCACUGUUAAAGCUGUCCACCUUGGGUUCCAUCUAGAGUUCCACUGGUUUGACACAACCCAGGUCUAUGUUCCAGGUAAACUUCCUGCAGAUUUGAAUGCAUCCCUAUGUAUCUCUCCACAGCAGAACACCAUUAACAUCUGUGAGGUGUAUAAGUCCAAUUUAGACAGUGCCACUGAUAAAUAUGCUGAACUGCUUUAUGACAGUAGUUUUGUGGUAAAAUGGUAAAU